AUGGAAGAUAAAAGUAGUUUAAUACCUAGCUUUGCUCGAGGACUCAAUGUUCUGUUGGUGGAAUGUGAUGAAGCUUCACUCAUGGGCCUAUCAUCAAUGCUUGAACAAUAUGCAUUCAAGGUUACGGCUACAGGAUUAGCAAAGGAUGGUUUAUCAAUGGUUGAAGAACAAAAUAAGAGAUUCAAACUUGUGAUGGCUAAUGCAAACAUGCCAGAUAUGGACAUUCUUGAAUUCGUUCGCAAACUUUUCAAAAUGAACACUGCUGUUAUUCUGAUGGCGUCAGGAACAAGUGUAAGUGCAGCUAGAGAAGCCCUAGCUGAAGGGGCAUCAUUUUUUCUUUUCAAACCGAUUGCUGUCGACGAUUUAAGAAAUGUGUGGCAAUUUGCAUACACGAACGAUAUGGAUCAAAACGAGAAUUAUGAAUUUACUAAUAAUGUAGCAAUCGCAGAAGAUUCGCAAUGUGGUAAUAAUCAUAAUGCUUUAAUAGAAGUUGAAGUUGGGAAAGAAGACGGGGCUGAGUUCGAAAAUAAUAGAGAUGUCGAUGAAGGUUUAAUUGCGGAAAAUGGCGAAAAGAAAGGCGAUGAGAAAACGAAGGGGAUAAUGGAGGAAAAUGAAGAGGUAGAAAGAGGAAAAGGAGGUAUUAUCAUAUAUGAUAAUAAGAAUUUGUCGUGGAAGAAGAGAAUGCUUGAGGAAGAAUUAGGGCACAAAAUUAGCUCGCUGCCACAAAACUGUCGAAAUAUUUGGAAUUCUGAACUUCACCUCAAAUUUACUGCUGCUAUUAGUGCAUUAGGCGACAAAAAGGCUCGGCCGAAAUUGAUUUUGGAAUUGAUGGAUGUGCCUAAUUUAACAAAGAGGCAAGUUGCCAGUCAUCUCCAGAAGUACAAAUCUCAAGUGCGGCGUAUUUGUGAAAUGGGCGAUACCAAUAUUUCACCAACAGUAUGUGAUUCAUCUGAGAUGUACCUUAAUCGAGUCCUUGGCGAUCCACAAGGAAGCCAAACUUCUGAGUUUGGAAAUAUUCGAGGGAUUCCAUCUGCUGGAAGAAUUCAAGAGGUGCUGAACUCUUUGCCAACAACAAAGUUCACCUCAGGCAACGUGCUCCCGUCCGGUGGACCCAUCAAUUUUCCGACCAACCUUAUCGAAGGCAGCUCAUCAAAUAAUGUCUCUGUGAAUGUGAAAACUGAUGCAAUAAAGUUACCAAAAGGCUUUUACAAAGGAUUAGAAAAUGAAUUGGCUGCCGUGACUUUUUCGAGCCAUAAUAAAAAAAAUAACAACCCUGCUGCUGGUUCUGCUGCUCACUUGAUCCAAAGAAACGUUUCAAAUGAUCAAGGGCAAUUGGUUUCUCAUAAUAUCAACCCUACUGCUGGUUCUGCUAACUUGAUCCAAAGAAACGUUUCAAAUUAUCAAAACCAGUUGGUUUCUGAUACUAACCCUACUGCUGGUUCUGCUGACUUGAUCCAAAGAAACUUUUCAACUUAUCAAAGCCAGUUGGUUUCUGAUAAUAUCAACCCUACUGCUGGCUCUGCUGACUUGAUCCAAAGAAACGUUUCAAGUUAUCCAAGCCAGUUGGUUUCUGAUAAUACCAACCCUACUGCUGGCUCUGCUGACUUGAUCCAAAGAAACGUUUCAAAUGAUCCAAGCCAGUUGGUCAUUAUUGAUAAUGUAUGGAAUAUUUUGGAGAAAGAACAAGAAGUGGACGAGGGUAUCAAAGAUUUGGAAGGAGAAGCAAAUGAAGAUGAUCUUGAUCGAUUCUGCGCCUAUCUUGAGGAUGAGAUUGAGCUAGAGAGUUCACCAUAA